GCGUGUGGACUGUCCAGCUUCUUUGCGUCUUGCGCCGUCCGCUCCGGUGGCUUCGUUUUCGUGGCCAUCCAGGAAAAGUGGCAAACGAGCCGGAGGGACGCAGCAUGGCCAGUACUCAUGAUGGCCGCAGGGAUCCAGGCUUCCGGGGUGCUCUCGGGACCACUGGCGCAGCGCUUCACCGUGAGGCCGGUGGCCAUUGCGGGAAGCAUCAUGGCUUCAGUUGGUCUCAUCCUUUCAUCCUUCGCAACCAGCACAGCCGUACUCACCGUGACGCUUGGUGCCAUACACGGGAUUGGUGCUGGCAUGGUCAUAAUGAGUCAGCCAAUGUGUCUGGUGCAGCACUUCAUUAUACACAAGGGCCUCGCUACGGGCCUGAACUUCGCUGGAGCGUCCUUGGCGUUCUUCGUUUUCCCCAUGCUCAUGGAGGUUCUUACAGAGAUGUAUGGCUUCGGAAGCGCCAUUUUUUUAUUCGGAGCCAUCUCGCUAAACGCCACAGCUUUUACCCUGUUCGUCCGCCAGCCAGAUUGGCUGCGGCCAUGCACACUUGUCACCAACAGUGACAAGAGCAGCCACCAUUGUGAUGGUGGCAGGGCCAGUGUUACAGCUACACCGAGUGGUUCGAAAACAUGCGAAACCAAUAUGCGUCCCGGCAAUGCGCCAAAAACCUACGACACAGCAAAGGAAGGCCAGAAAAUUGCCUCUACUGAUGAUGAGCCUAAACAGAACAGCAAUCUUCAAAGGUGUGAAACCACCCAAACAACAUUGAUUGCACCUGAUGAGCCCAUGACCAUAAAGUUCAUGUCCAGGCGAGCGUCCAUGAGUGGUCUCUUCGGUUCAGUUGCGAACGCAGUGGAAAUGAUCAAAAACUUCAAGAAGCGUCCUGAACCUGGUUCACUACGCCACAGUCUGACUGUCGUAAAGGAGCCAAUCUUCUACUUGAUCUUGUACACGUUCUUGUGCUACAGUUUCACGUUCGACUGCUACAGUUCUCUGCUCGUAGACUUUGCCGUCGGCAAAGGUAUUGCCGUGCGAAGCGCUGUCACCAUGACAUCGAUCACUGCCUUGGUAGACCUUGCUGCUCGCCUUCUGCUUCCCAGCAUAGCCGAUAGAGACAUACUAUCGAGAGUCUGUAUGUUGGUUUUCGUUAAGCUUACCAUCACUAUCGUUAUGUUUUUGCUCCCUCACGUGAGUUCGUACGGCACCAUCUUCGCUCUCGCCAGCUGUAUUGGACUGUACGUAGGAUGUGUGGUUGUGAUGUGCUCGGUGCUGAUAGCAGAAUUCCUGGGCGUCGAUCGCGUGCCGCUUACCUAUGGCCUUGUCACGGGAGUGACAGGGCUGACUGCAUUUGCCAAACCACCACUCAUAGGGUACUUCCGAGAUCGAAUGGGCUCUUACGAUGCCGUCUUCCAGUUGUGUGGGUUGCUGCAAUUGAUUUGCUUUCUGCUGUGGCUCAGCGUCUGCGUGGCUGAAAGGUUCUCCAAGCGGCGCAAAUGGUCUCCCAAGGACGAGCUGAACAGGGCUGCGAUGCAUGUGUGCAAGUUCGUCUAUUUACCCGGUGCUGGCUUUGCAGUGUGCAGUGGCUGUCCCUGUGACCAGAGAGAUGACGAAAAAGUUCGCAAACCGAGUACGGUAACGACUCUGUGCGAGAGAAGCUGCAGUGUAGCAGGCCUUUCCUAG